CCCACUAGCUGCACACCCACCGAUGGCCUCAUCUCACUCUAAUCUGGGCACUAUCCGUUCUUUUUGUGUGCUGUGGAUUCUGGCCAGAGGUUGUAUUCUUACUGCGUGUUUUCAGCUGGUGGUGGGUUCAUUGUAUUGCGCACACACGCGGUGUUGAGUUCUGCCCCGUCGUGAAUCUGAUACGAUGCGCUGGAAUUCGUUGUACUUGUCUAGAGACUGUCCGCUGCAGUCUUCGGGUAGCGACUAGGCUGGGACGAUGGCCUUCUUGUGCUGGGGAGCGUGGUGUUAGUUUGAUAAUACAGCUUGUAGUGAACAGUGGGGAAUUUGAGGUUGGCGGUAGCGAUGACGAUGGCGGCGUCUUGUUUCUUGCUUCCAUUGACGCUCUUGUGCUCAGUGUUGCAGUUAUCAGUGGGCACCCCUGAAAGCGAUGUGGCAGCAUUACAAGGGUUGCUGCGCGAAUGGCAAAGAGCGUCUACUAUCUUGGACAGCUGAGUAUGGAGGAGGAUGCAGAUCCUUGCGGUUCCGGAUGCAAGGGUGUCGUCUGCAGCAAAACGCAUUCAGUGACAAAUUUACAUUUGAGCAGUGCGAAUUUGAGUUGGGGCAUCCCAACCGCCAUCGGAGGUCUCCAAGAACUGAUAUCUGUGGAUUUGUUGGAGAACCCUAAGCUGACAUCCACCAUCCCAAGGCAGAUAGGGCAGCUGCGGCGACUCACUCACCUGAAACUUUCUGGCUGUAAUUUUCACGGCAAGGUCCCCGAGGAGAUUUACAACUUGAAUAAUCUAGAGUAUUUGGACUUGUCGAACAAUCCACAACUUUUGCAGUGCGAGAAUGCCCAAGACCUCAUCACUCUUCCUGAGCUGCAAGGCCCGGAAAAUACAGGCCGUUGCCAUGUUCUCUGCUUAGAUCGCAGUGCUUGGUGCGAGACAGAAUGUUUGCCUUUGCUGAAGACUCGAGCUGCUUUGUGCAGCCGGCGGCAGCAAUCCCUCACUGUCAGCCGUCGUCGAUUACUCCACCAUCGCACUCUGCUACAGGUUAAUGGACGAACGCCUCUGCCCUUAUUCUACACAUACAUCGCUCUUGCAGUCGUAGGACUCGUCAUUAUAGUCACCUUCACAUUCUGCUUCUGUCGGUGGUUGUCCGUCCGAAGGACACGACACGCAGACACUUACAUGAUGACGCCAAUCGCACCAUCCAUGCCCAAGUAGCAACCUACAAUUACGAGAAUACAUGCCAGAAAAAACUCAGAAGAAGACUAGAGUCGACCCAUUCACAGAACUGUUGGGGAUUGAUGGAACGAGAGGCCUGUUUCGGGGACUGCAUGACCAAGUAAAAUGGAGUAAACGAAACCCAGCAGCCUCAGCUCCUCACGAGAAGGUCCCAGAUUCGUCGGAUCCUAGUGAAGCUUGAAACUCAAUCUCUCAGGCAUGAUAUCGAACAUCCUUCGAGAACCUCAACAAGUCACCGUGGUCGCGGCAAGUGCGCUGCCAACAGGCUUGCUUAUUGCCAUGCACUGGUGUCGGCAGUUGUUUAUGUACUGUCUGUCGAGAUACAGAAAGAAAUUUCGCACGGUAAGUAUCUGAUUUUUCAAAGCAGGCACAUCUGUAGUUGAUCGUCAAGCGGUUCGCUGGACCGGCUUCCGAUGUUAAGAGAUCACGUAUCGCAUGUUUUGCAACCGGAUAUUCUUUUGUGUCGGUGAAGUAAGUGUGCCGGUCCUAUUUUGUUCGUAAUUUUUAUUUUAAAUUUGUGUUGGUUCCAACCUUGAAUUCUUUUCAA